CCUUCUAUGCACCACCAACUUCGCCUACGGAGGACGAGGUCGCGGUGGGGGACAUUCUUGCGUAUGUGAGCAAGGUGGCGYGYGAGUUUCGCACGCAGUGGUACGACAACAACAACGCACUGCUCCUUUAUGUCCGCAUCCAAAUCGGGCAAGCGUCCUGCAGCGCUUUGCUGGAUAGCGGCGCGACUCACAACUUCAUCAGCCAGUCCUUCAUGCAAAGGGUCGGCCUUGGACCACAAGUUCGAAGGAAGGCACACCCUACAUCGAUCAAGUUGGAGGACGGUCGAACGCAACARCUCCUUGAUCGCUACAUCGAAGCCGUCCCGGUUUACUUCGCACCUCAUGCAUGCGAACCGGUGACGUUCGACGUCUUGGACACGGACUUCGACAUCAUCUUGGGCAUGCCUUGGCUUGCAAGUGCGGAUCACACGGUCAACUUCCAUCGGCGGACACUUACGGUUCGCGACGCGUUCGGCGCCGAAGUACCAUGUACCAUUCCUCCUCCGCMCCCUUCGAUCCGGUGCCAAGUUGUAACCGCCAAGUCUUUUCGGGCCACUUGUGCUUACGAGCGGACCRAAGAGAUCGGCUUAUGUUUUCUCCGAACCGUCGCGGUAGCGGACUCUCAACCUACGGACUUGUCUUCAGACCCCGGGGUGGUGCGGUUGCUCGACGAAUUUGCCGACGUCUUCGAGUCACCUACCGGCCUCGUGCCGGAUCGGCCGAUCUCACACGAGAUCAUUCUUGAGGCCGGUGUCGUGCCGCCGAAAGGAUGCAUUUAUCGCAUGAGCGAGGAGGAACUUACAGUACUCCGCGCGCAGCUCCACGACUUGUUGGAAAAAGGCUGGAUCCGKYCUAGUAGCUCACCCUAUGGUGCGCCAGUUCUCUUCGUUCGGAAGAAGAACAAGGACCUUCGCCUAUGCAUCGAUUACCGCAAGCUCAAUGCGCAAACCGUCAAGAACGCAGGACCUCUUCCUCGUACUGACAACCUUCUGGAGCGCUUGGGCGGCGCAAAUUUCUUUUGUAAGCUGGAUUUGAAGUCGGGAUAUCAUCAGAUCUCGAUUCGGCCGCAAGAUCRCUACAAGACCGCGUUCAAGACACGGUACGGGCACUUCGAGUGGGUUGUUAUGCCUUUUGGACUCACCAACGCCCCGGUGACUUUUCAAGCGGCGAUGACCAACGAGUUCCGGGCAACGUUGGACCGGUUCAUGCUGGUCUACUUGGACGACAUCCUCGUCUAUAGCCGAACCUUGGAGGAACAUCUUGACCAUCUUCGGCGAGUGUUGGAGACACUCCGGCGCGCCAAGUUCAAAGCCAACCGCGACAAGUGCGAGUUCGUACGUCAAGAGUUGGAAUACGUGGGCCACUUCGUCACUCCACAAGGCAUCAGUCCGUUGUCGGACAAGAUUCAAGCCGUCCAAGAUUGGCCGGAGCCACGGAACGUCACGGAUGUCCGAUCAUUCCUUGGCCUCGCCGGCUACUACCAACGUUUCAUCAAAGGCGAAGAUCACGGCUCACUUAACCAAGCUUCAAUGCGAGGACCGAUCGUUUGACUUCGGGACGGCCGCACGGGAAUCAUUCUUGGGCCUCAAGGCCGCAUUGCUUUCCGCGGAGGUAUUGCGGAUAUACGACCCGCUAUUGCCAAUACGCGUCACCACGGACGCAUCCGGCUAUGGCAUUGGUGCUGUCCUCGAGCAACAUGACGGCGUGGACUGGCACCCGCUCGAAUACUUCAGCAAGAAAGUGUCGGCCGUGCACUCCAUCGAUGAUGCACGCAAGAAGGAACUUCUCGCCUUCUUCCACGCACUCAAGCGGUGGCGGCACUCCCUCCUCGGUCGACGCCAGUUCCGAUGGAUAACAGACAAUAAUCCGUUGGUCUUCUACAAGUCUCAAGACAC